CGCAUGCUGAUCGUGAUCGGAGAGAUUUCCACCAGCCAUCACCUCGAAGCUGCCAGGAAACAGAUCACACAGGGUUUGCGCUCCUGGAACGUUGAUCUGGACGUGUUUGACCUGAAUAAAGAGCUGCAGCUGUUUGAAGCCAGGCACACUGCUCAGUUUUCUUCACAGGUCAAAGGCCAGCGAAUUCUCCAGUAUCAGAGUGAUGUCCUCGAGACGGUUGUGUUGGUGAACCCAUCACAGGAGACCGCUGUUUCAGAGACUCGCUCACUGAUCACUGCCUCUGCUGGGAAUAAGUUGCUGAUCCUGAGCGGCCAGAGCUCUGAGCAAGGAGGUGACAUCCUACUGCAAAGUGGAGCCUUCACGUGGCAACAUUUCUCCGACAUCAUCUCCAGCCCUCAAGUGAUUGAAGUCCUAUCCAGGGCCUCUUCUGAGCAGCCAUCGAAGCUUACCGUUUCCUGUCAGGGAGACGGGGGCUGGAGCUCCCUGGGCCAAAGCCAGGAGCAGCAGCCACUCCAAAAUCUUCUGGAAUACCGUCUGAACCCCGAACCUCACCUCCCCGACAUGGACGGAGUCACAGAGUUUACGGAGUAUGUUGCAGAGACGGUGGAUGUGCCGUCGCCCUUUGACCUUCUGGAGGCCCCAACCUCUGGUGGAUUUCUGAAGCUGUCCAAACCCUGCUGCUACAUCUUCCCUGGAGGUCGGGGAGACUCUGCUCUAUUUGCCGUCAAUGGAUUCAACAUCCUGGUGGACGGAGGGUCUGAGCGGAAGUCCUGCUUCUGGAAGCUGGUCCGGCACCUGGACAGAAUCGACUCUGUUCUGCUCACCCAUAUUGGAGCAGAUAACCUCCCUGGCAUCAAUGGGCUGUUUCAGCGAAAGAUUGCUGAGCAGGAGGAAGAGAGGAACCAAGAUUCUGGCUCAAGCAGCAAUGGUGACUGGGUGAAGAACCUUAUCUCCCCUGAGCUCGGGAUUGUGUUCUUCAAUGUCCCAGAAAAGCUGCGUAUGCCUGAGUCCACUCUUAAGGUAAAGCGAAGUAUUGAAGAAGCAUCUUUGACAUUGCAGUACCUCACCAAGCUCGGUAUCACACCAGAGCCUCUUCACAGAGUAGUAAGCAACACCAUUGAACCUAUCACGCUGUUCCACAAGCUCGGCGUGGGAAAGUUAGACAUGUAUGUUCUAAACCCUGUUAAAGAAAGCAAAGAGAUGCAGUUUCUAAUGCAAAAAUGGGCUGGAAACAGCAAAGCCAAGACGGGGAUCAUGAUGCCGAAUGGUAAAGAAGGAGAAAUAUCUGUCCCCUAUUUAACAUCAGUCACUGCACUCAUUGUGUGGAUUCCACAUCGUCCAACAGAAAAGAUAGUUCGGGUGCUCUUCCCAGGAAAUGCACCACAGAAUAAAAUAUUUGAAGGCCUUGAGAAACUGAAACACCUGGACUUCCUGCGAUACCCAGUGGCUACCCAAAAAGACAUAUCAUCCGGUCCACCACCUCCCAUCAUCAAACAAACUAAAAUAAGAUCAAGAACUGAUAGCAAAGAGAGUCUGAAAUCUUCACCCAAGCCACAUUCUAAAACCACUAAGAAAGAAGUCAGUGGGCUAGAGGAAGAGUCAAAGAGUGAAACCAGUAAAGAAAAUAAAGUUGAUAAGAAAGAAGAGAAGAAACCCAAAAGUGAAAGUCUAAAAGCCACCAAGCAACAGAAAAACAGUGAAGUUGCCCCUGGAGUUCAGAAGACUGAGAAAAAGAAAAUAUCCAAGGAAAAAACUGUUAAGCAAGAGAAAGCAUCAAAGAUGGAUGAAAAGAAAGACAAGGAGAAAAAAGAAAUUAAGAAAGAGAAACGUGAGGUAAAGAAAGAUGAGAACAUAAGAAAGGAGGAGAAAAAAAGUAAAGCCAAGGAGGACAAAAAGAAAGACCCCAGUAAACCUGAACUGAGAAAAAUCACCAAACCAGACCUGAAACCACUGACCCCUGAGGUGAGAAAAACUUUGCACAAAGCCAAGACUCAGGCUAAACCUAAGAGCGACAAAAAUAAGGCAGUGAAAGAGGAAGCAAAUGAGAAAAAACCAGUUCCAAAGAACGUCCCUGAAGAGGUUAAUGCAGCAGCUCUGGCUGACAGGUCCAUUGUGUCUUCACCCGAAGACCUCACAGAGGACUUUGAGGCUCUAAAACAAGAGGAGUUGUCCAAACAUAAGACAAAAUCUAUCCAGAAUGAUGUAAUGCCUGAACUGUCAGUGCACACUGAUGCUAAAGUUUCUUCCUCGGUUUUCCCUGAUGAAAAAACCACAGCCCCAACCGCUGAGAUUAAAUCUGUUUCACCCAAAUCACCUAUCAAACAGGAAGUGCUGGCACCUACUCAAGGGAAGAAUGAUGGCAAUGAUGGUUUCAAUAAGAAGUAUGAAGAAGAGAAAAUGGAGAAAUACGAUGAAUACUCCACCAAGGACAGAUCAAAGAAGAGUGACAGCUCAGAGGAAGAGGGUGAUGUAAUUGAGAAAGCUGAGCUCGAAGGAACUGAAGAUGAUGAGGUCCUCAAGUAUAAAACUGAGGAGGUGAAAAAAGAAAAAUCAAAGGAGUGGGACACCAAGCCAUUUGAGCAAAAACCUUUACCAACUGCAGCGUCUGGACAGGCAGUGGCAGCCUCCGCCUCUGAGCAAUUCUCCUUUAUACAAGACGAGACCAUACCUGGAUACUCUGAGACUGAACAGACCAUCUCUGAUGAGGAGAUCCACGAGGAUACGGAGGACAGGAUUCCACAGCUGCGCUAUGAUGUGGGCUCUUAUGACAUCUCUGUUCCUGAUGUCCCUGGCACCUUUGAGUCAAUGCAUGGUAUAAAGGAGAUGAAGAGCUCCACUCUGUCUGAUGUUGCAGAUGUCAAACCCAAAGCCUUUUUGGGGGGUCCCGAGCCUGAGCUUGCACCUUACCCCACCAUCAUUGCUGCUCCUCUUGCUGAAGAGGAGCACAUCUCCUCAGCAACAUCCAUCACAGAAUAUGACAAACUGUCAUCAUUUGCCACAUCUGUAGCUGAAGACCAGUCCAUUGCCUCCGUGACAGCACCUCAGACUGAGGAAACUGGGAGGAACUCUCUCCUGCUGGACACCAUCAACAGCGUCCCCUCACGUGCAGAGGCUGCCCAAGGGAAGGACUAUCUCCACUCAGCAGGAACCAUCUCACCCACAUCCUCUCUAGAGGAUGACAAAUGCUUUAAGUCUCCUUCCUCUGAUGAGUACCAGCCCAUCAUCCCUGAGAUGGAGGGUGAUGUGAAUAUCCAGUCAGUCCAGGAUGAAGAAGAUGAGGACGAGGAUGAGGACGAGGACCAGACACCAAAUGUUGACAUCCCUCUGGGUAAACUUCAAGAGGGCUAUGAGCAUGCAGCCUCCUUGAUGCUCCAGGAGAAGGAAAAAUCUCCCUCUUCCACUUUUUCUCCUCCCCCCUUCUCUACGACACAGUACUCACCCACACAGGGUGUCAAAGAAAACCUCUUUGCUACAGAGGGAUUUAAGACUGGUGUUGAAAUAAAGCCUGUAUCACCCCCUCCUCCAUCAUUCUCCCCUGGACUAGAGUCCCACUCCAGGCAGGAGAGUGAAGAAAGAUGCUUAAGUCCAGAUGACAGCACCAUGAAACUUGCCUCACCCACACAGUCUGUGCCCACAAGCAGUGGCUACUCUCCGACAGAGGAGAAGCCCUUUAAGACAGAAGACAAAGACGAGGCAGUGACCAGCAUGAAAACCGACAUCCAGAAAACAGAGAAAUCUGUCACUAUCUCAGACAAUACUUCUUUCAUUGGUGUGUCAGGUGACAAGACAAUGUUUGAAGCAUCUGAAGAAUCUGAUGAGGAUGAGGAUGAUUAUUAUGCCAAAAAGGAUCUACAGCCUACCGUUAAGGCAAAGCUUAUGGAGGCAAAAGAGGGUUGCUUCUUGGAUGAUGACUUUAGUUUUAUGGCAAAGUCUGCAGAGACUGAAAAAGAGGUCGAGAGUUUGGACAAAACAGCUGUGGCCUUUAGCACGAAGGAGAAACCAAAAUCUCAAGUGAUGUUUUCAGAUGAGGAUGAAAACGAUGAUGACUUUCCAAGUAGGGCAGGGUCUAAGCCCUUGUCGACUGAUCAACACAAAGCAGAGAUUGCAAAAGACAGCACAGAAAAAACAGAUGUCACUAUUAAAGAGCCUGAGAAAAGUGUUCAGUUCAAUCUGUAUGAGUUUCCUGAGAAGGAGGGCAAAGUAAAGGCCUCAUAUGUAAGACAAGACACUCCCUAUGUACAUGGCAAAACAUUCUCUUACAGUGACAUUUAUGACAGCAAAACAAGCUCAGUGGACUCUGAUUUCUAUCGUCAGGAGUCCAUAGAUAAGACGGAGAAAGACAUAGCAAAGGGCGAUGUGGAUCUACUGAAACAUGAGCCCCCCUUCCCAGUCACAGACAUGGACAAGAUGUCAGAAAAGGAGGGAUUUACUGUCUCUUAUGGAAAAGAGUCCUCCACCUCAUGGUUUGAGUCCAAGAGCACUCCAGCUACGGCUCCAUUUGAAAAAGAGGUCAAAAAGAAGGAGACUUUUGAACACAGUGAAAGUAGUCGAUUCCCUUCAGUGGCUGACAGACCUGAGGCAUGGACCACUUCUUUAUCAUCAGAAAAGGACCUCAAAAGCCAGACUGACAGCGAAAAGCCCUCAGCGCACUCUCCAACGACAGCAUCUGGUAUAGACAAACUUGCUGCCUCAGGCUACAAUGAGAAGGGAGCAUGCCUGGAGAUUGAUAUGCGAAAGCUAACGGCGAGAGAUGAAGAGGAUUAUGAUGAUGAAAUUGUUUAUGAUGAUGAGGAGGAUGAAGAUGAAGAAGAGGAGGAAGAGGAGGAUGAAGGUGCUAUUGAUUCCGAUAUGGAGAAAGGUGCCAAAGAGAAAUCUGAAAAGGAAGUGAAAAGUCCAGUCAGUGAAAUGCUUGGCUCAAGCAGGCCUGAAUUUAUGGUUUCUAUGGCUGGAUAUGGUUAUAGCAGUCAGGGGCAGCCAGAUAUUAAAGAAAGCAACUCUAGCUCACUCACAAUGGUUGAAGAUAGGGCCAAGACCGAUUCCUCAUCCAUAAGUGGAAAGCCUGUGGAUUUAGGAGCUGCAGGUUUCUCUAGCUACUCAUCAGGGCUUGAAUACUCAUGCGGAAGUGAUGAGAAAGAGUCGUUUUUAUCCGGUCAGAGUGCCGACAAAGGAAGAGAGGACUUCACUUUGAAAUCAGCAGAUGACAGUUAUUACCAGAAUGACAGAGCUGAUCCUGACUUUGAGAAACAAAAGACACCAGAUCUUCUGAGUAAGAGAUCGCUGGACACGAGCUUCCAGUACACAACCACUGCUGCUCCUGGGUUCUCCUCCUCUUCAGCCUACAGCUACUCCUCCUCCACCUCGGGCUCCCUCUCCACCAGCCGCCAGUUUGGAGAGGAGCUGGAGACACCCGCCUCUGCUGAGCCUCUCUUUGAGUACUCCUCCUUUAAAGAGGAACACUCGCCUGUUACAGAGUCCCCAUUCUCCAGUUCUGCAGUUGCAAAAGAUGACUAUUUAGAAGUGUCUGAGAAACAAAUUAUGGCUACAACCACAGCUGAGUCUACCUCCAGUUUAGCCCGAUUCUCACCUCUCAGUCCUUUUGAAGAGGUUAAAUCUUUCCCCUCCCUCUCAUCCACUACCCUUAGUGAUGACAAGAAGGAGCACAUGACAUCAUUAGGUAGAGUAACAGAUAAAGUCUCUCAACCUGACUGCUUCUCUAAGCCUGGGUGGCCUGAAGGGUCCCAGCUGGACACAGCUGUUGGGUUUGGGGCCUCAGCAGCAGGAUUAUUCUCUCAACUUCCAGAGUUCUCCAAGGACAAGGAGGCAGCUAGUGCUGCUCUGUUUGGCGUCACUUCUUCGCCUCGGCCAGACACAGAAGGCAAGCAUUACUUUGAGGAGACCGAAAGCAGCGAAGAAGAGGAUGAGGAAGCUUAUAUGCGUGAGAUGACUCGGAGGUCUCCUUCCAGUGGCCUGGCUAGUAGCCUUUCAUUUUCUGACAAGCCUGUUGCUCCACUUGUCACUGAAAAGACAGGUGGUGCUCUUCCAGAUGUUCUUGGGUCCUACAUUCCCUCAACUCUUCAGACCGGCAGCCCGGACACAGCGAAUGGCCCCACAGAGGUCAGCACUAGCUCCACCCUCCCUCCUGGAGCAGCAGCCAGUGGUGCAGCUUCAGGCCCAGCCAAGCUGGAGUCACAAGAGGGAGCAACAGGUUAUGUAAGGAGUUCUUAUGAGUGGGAAAUACCAAAGCCCCAGAUGGGAAUGGUGCCUGGAGACUCUCCUCCUCAUUACCGUCAUGAUGAUGAAUUUGAAGAGGAAUGUGAGAUGGAGCCAGAGCAUCCUGCCCGUCCACUUUCACUCUCCUCAGCAGAUCAGCCAUUCCGGUCACCAUUCUACGCAGAGGAGUGCAGCCGGGGAGGGCAGGACGAUGAUGAUGAUGAUGACAGUGAUCAGGAUGCACCCAUAGGAGCCACCUCCUCUUAUACCAGCCGCACUUCUCCUGGAUAUUCAUCUUCUGAGUACAGGCAACGCAAAGAAGACCUCUCACCUUCCUUCAUCAACCCCUGCAUGCGGCAGCUCUCCAGCGAUGAGGACGAUGAGGUACAAGGCCGCAGAAGUGAUCAGUCACAGGAGGGUGAUGAGCAUGACCUGUCAGUGAAGAGAAGGGCUCACAAACAGCCCCAUCAACACCACUCCCAGAGCAGGGACAGCAGCUCUCUGCACCAAAUUGGUGGGAUGUCAGCAGGGUUGGGUCUAGCUACAGAGGACACUCCACCCACCUCCGUCAGUGAAUCUUUGGCCUCUCAGUCAGAUUCUGAUGCACCACCAGGCACUGAAGAGUACCCUUCAGUUACUGGUGAAGGCAACAUGGACUCAGAUGAAGACGCUGACUACAUGCCAGUUGAUAAAACUGCAACAGGAGGAGGCAGCCAUCAGUUUACUUCUAGGAGCCAUGAUCCUCCUCCUGCUCCCCUCAUGGAUCCCUCCCCACACCCCCCACGACCAGACGUUUGCAUGGUGGAUCCUGACUCUUUAGACAAUGGCUCCCUUAAGAAAGAGCCAAAAACCAAGAGCUUAAAGAAGACUGCAGGCAAAACCAAAUCAGGAUCACCAGCUAGGCGCAAGAGGUCCCCCAUGCCUGUCAAACAGACCCAGUCUCCUCGUAGUGCCUCACUAAAAAAGAAGGAGGCAGACAAGAGCUCGCGGAUGUCUCGUCUUUCAGAUGGACAAGGCUCCAAAGAUGAUGACCUUUCCAGAUCAAGCUACAACCCUGGCAAAGGACUGACUAACGGUGUCAAAAGCAGUUCAGGUUCUCAGAAGUCAGGCUCUGUGGCUGCUCCUGGACAACCCAUUUAUGUGGAUUUGACUUACAUUCCCAACCACUGCAGUGCCAAGAAUGUGGACCAAGAAUUUUUCAAACGUAUUCGUUCUGCGUACUACGUGGUGAGUGGCAAUGAUGCAGCGAGUGGGGAACCAAGCCGAGGGGUCCUUGAUGCGCUGUUGGAUGGCAAAGCUCAGUGGGGAUCAAACCUACAGGUGACGCUUAUCCCCACCCACGACACUGAGGUGACCCGUGAAUGGUACCAGCAGACACAUGAGAGGCAGCAGGAGCUCAACAUCAUGGUCCUAGCCUCUAGCAGCACUGUCGUCAUGCAGGACGAGUCUUUCCCAGCCUGCAAGAUUGAGUUUUAAGAUUUCUCUUUUGUCUCCUCUCCAGCCCUCCUACUGGCCUCCCCGGUGUAGAUCUGUUUUUAUUUACUCUCCUCUAUAGCCUGAUAUGCAAAUGUGUCUCUGCCCCAGGCACGUGUAGAGUCAAGUUGCGUGGAAAGGAGAAACAGAUCUGGAUAACUGUCCGUGUUUUUCUAGAUUUGUAUUUAUUUAUAAGCUUGUCGUGGCUGUCGCCAUUUGUAUAACACAUUUGUUUUUGUAAUUAUUCACUGCAAUAUUAAUAUUCAGUCCUGUGAAGGGAGGAGUUUCAUUUUCUGUCUCUUAACCUGUUUUUUUUCCCCCUCUCCUAUAAGACAAUGAUUUUUGUUUAUUGGCUAAGACAAGAUACCCACUGUAUUGUGAAAACAAUGCAACAGAGCUUCUAAUUGGCAUAAAUUAAAGCACAAUUAAAGCCAGAAAAAAAUCAAGCUUUUCAUAUUAGAGAUGAUCUAAACUACUGUCAGCUGCUCUGUUACUCUUAGGGGAUUCCUUCCUGUUAGUCAGAUGUGUAAACCACUACACUAUGGAGCCAGUCAUAUCAGAGCGGAUCAGUUUUAAACAUUUUGCUGAUAGAAUAUUGUGAUGAAUUUCCUCUGCAUUUCUCUUUCUGUCUCUUUGUGGCUCCCACUUACAUAGUGAAAUAGAAACCAUAGAUCCAGAGGUCCCCUCAGUAUGUCUUUUCAGAAUAUUUGCUGUAGCAAUAGGGACGCUCAUAUUCAAAAAUCUGUCUUGUAGUGACUUAUGCCAUUUCUACAGUCCUCUCAAAAUGAAGACCAAUUGUUACAGUUUCUCAGUGGCUGUUUUUCUUACAGUGAAUUGGAGAUGAGUUCUCUACAUUUGC